GACGAGACGAGCAACCGGACCGCGUCGUGCCGGCCAGUCGUCGUCUCAUCCCCUCGCUCAAUAACCAAACCCGACAAAUUUUUCAGACGAUCCCUCAUCUUCGUCUCCCUUCCGAUCUCCUCCCCUUUCGAAAGCUAGCCCGAAGCGAAGUUUUAACUUCCAUCGUGACUCUUCGGGCUGGCCGAUCGAUCUGUCGAUUCCCUCCCGAUCGCUGCUGUUCCUUGCCCCACGAGACCCUUCGCCUCCUCGAGUCCCCGACCGAUCUGGCGAUCUCCGCGAGGACCUGCGCCUCCAUUGUCCUGCCGGCCUCGCUGUGGCCACCUCUGCGCUCUCCCCUUCGGUCCUUGAUUAUUCACCUCUGCCUGCCUGCCCGUCUGAGCCGGUUCUGCCCAUCUGCUGGCUGCUGCUGCUGUGCUAAAUCACCUCAGAACCGGGCCUGCGCGACCGGCUUGCCGACGCGACUGUGCUGCCCCGCGCCCUUUGCCUCUCCCCGUAGCCCGCCCUUGUUUACCCAGCUAUAACAGGAUUCGAAGCAUAUUAGGCGAAACCCCCAGGGGCACCUAUAGGAGAUAUUUAGUCUUACAGUUAGCUACUCUUCUAUGAUGCAUGUUCUGGAGUGAGUCUCUCUAGAGCGGGAUGGGUUCCCUCAAUGACAUUGGCGUUGCAGCAGGAAUAAAUAUAUUAUCAGCAUUGGGUUUUCUUCUUGCAUUUGCAGUUCUGAGGAUACAACCUAUUAAUGAUCGGGUGUACUUUCCGAAAUGGUACCUCAAAGGGACAAGAAGCAGCCCAAGAAGCAUAGGAACUGUUUUGUCAAAAUUUGUGAAUGCUGAUCUGUCAACAUAUAUCCGGUUUCUGAAUUGGAUGCCUGCAGCUCUGCAAAUGCCAGAACCUGAGUUAAUUGAGCAUGCAGGACUAGACUCCGCAGUAUAUGUUCGCAUCUAUCUUCUUGGUUUGAAAAUAUUUGUGCCAAUUGCUGUGCUGGCAUUCAUUGUCCUAGUUCCUGUCAAUUGGACUAGUGGAACUUUGGAAAAUCAAAAGGAUCUAAAUUAUGAUCAAAUUGAUAAGCUUUCAAUAUCAAAUCUUGGAAAAGGUUCAAAAAGGUUUUGGGCGCACAUAGGAAUGGCCUAUGUGUUUACAUUUUGGACAUUUUACGUGUUGUAUCAUGAAUACAAGGUUAUAACAACUAUGAGAUUGCGCUUUCUCGCUAAUCAGAAUCGUCGACCUGAUCAAUUCACAGUACUUGUGAGAAAUGUACCACCGGACCCAGACGAAACAGUUAGUCAGCAUGUUGAGCACUUCUUUGCUGUGAAUCAUCGGGAUCAUUACCUCAGUCAUCAGAUUGUAUACAAUGCAAAUGACCUUGCUGGCUUGAUUGAGAAAAAGAAAGGCUUGCAAAACUGGCUGGUCUACUACGAAAAUCAGCAUGCUCAUAACCCGGCUAAGAAGCCAACUAUGAAGACAGGACUGUGGGGUCUUUGGGGGCAAAAAGUUGAUGCAAUAGAAUACUACAGGGAGGCAAUUGAGGAGCUAUGUAAGCAGGAAGAUGAGGAGAGACAGAAGGUGAUGACUGACCCUAACGCUAUUAUGCCGGCAGCAUUUGUGUCUUUCAAAAGUCAGUGGGGUGCUGCUGUUUGUGCUCAGACACAGCAGACAAGUAACCCCACGGUGUGGCUAACCGAGUGGGCUCCAGAACCUCGUGAUGUUUACUGGCCCAAUCUUGCAAUCCCUUAUGUUGAGCUCUCGGUUAGGAGGCUUAUCAUGUCUGUUUCGCUCUUCUUCCUGACCUUUUUCUUCAUGAUACCAAUUGCAUUUGUCCAAUCCUUGGCAAAUCUAGAAGACAUUGAGCGGCGGCUUCCUUUCUUGAAACCUAUAAUAGAAAGAAAUUCUUUGAAGUCGGUUAUACAAGGUUUCUUGCCAGGGAUAGCAUUAAAAAUCUUCCUUAUACUUCUCCCGACUUUUCUUAUGACCAUGAGCAAGAUUGAAGGCCACAUAUCAGUAUCUGGAUUGGACAGGAAGACAGCUUCCAAAUAUUUCCUUUUCCUUUUUGUCAAUGUAUUCUUGGGGAGUGUAAUAACUGGAACAGCAUUCCAACAGCUCGACACUUUUAUCCAUCAGCCUGCUAGCAAAAUUCCAGAGACCGUCGGAGAAUCAAUUCCCAUGAAAGCUACAUUUUUCAUCACGUACGUAAUGGUUGAUGGAUGGGCCGGUGUCGCUGCUGAAGUUCUUAGGUUGAAGCCGCUGGUCAUGUUCCAUAUAAAGAACACUUUCUUGGUCAGAACUGAGCAGGAUCGGGAGCAGGCCAUGAACCCUGGGAGCUUGGAUUUUGGCACCACAGAACCACGAAUACAACUGUACUUUCUCCUAGGUCUUGUAUAUGCUGUUGUCACACCAAUUCUUCUUCCUUUCAUCAUCGUGUUCUUCAGCCUUGCCUAUCUUGUUUUCAGACACCAGAUCAUCAAUGUCUAUAAUCAGCAAUACGAGAGCGGUGGACUAUUCUGGCCAGAUGUGCAAAGGCGAAUUGUUGCCGCACUAAUAGUAUCUCAAAUCCUCUUACUGGGGCUGCUGAGCACACAGGAAGCAGAAAAGUCCACUGUCUCUCUUCUUCCUCUUCCUGUCCUGACGAUAUGGUUCCACUAUGUUUGCAAGGGCCGGUUUGAACCAGCAUAUAUAAAGUUCCCCUUGCAGGAAGCCAUGGUUAAGGACACACUGGAACGGGCAAAUGACCCAACUCUGAAUUUGAGAGAUUACCUGAAGGAUGCAUAUGUGCACCCGGUUUUCCAAAAGAAUGACUUGUAUGAGCUUGUUGCCAUGGAUGAAGAAGAGAAGAACCCCCUCGUAGCGACGAGGCGGCAGUCCCGCAUGAACACACCAGUAGAGAGUAAGUUCAACUCCAGUUCUGGCACUAAUGAGGGAGAGUCCAGUCGGAUGCGCCCUACUUGAAGACCAACUUUCAUGAGAAGAUGUAACAUUUUUUAGAUUUUGGUGAUCUUGUAAAUGUUUUUGAAAAAGGAAGUGCGACAUGUAGCAGAAUGUACAUUAUACAUGAUCAACAGUUGCAUAAGUGCAUUAGCAUGUGCUGCCACAAUGAAAUUAUAAAUUUAGAACUGUUGCAAGAUAAUAAUUUGAGCCCU